ACAUCCGCGGGGACUGUUGUGGCGCUGCCCCCGGGUUGCAUGGCUCUGCGCGGAGCCGCGUUCCGCGGGCGCCCGGGCGGAGGGGCUGCGCCGCGCUGCCCGCACGCCCGCCGAGGUCACUAUCACAUGACAAAGGCUUUGAGACAGCUUCAUCUUCGUCUGUCUGUAAUUUCCAUUUGCCUUCCUGGCACCAGUGUUACCACCUCAGUUUUGCAGAUUGCAGAGUAGACCCCAGGAUGUUCAGCGAACCAGAGCUGUAGGCAGAAUGGUAGACUGCUGCACCGAAAACAUUUCUGUGCCAGCUCUGUGACCGUGGAAGGAGAAGGAGGAGGUCACAGUAAUGAAAGGCAGUAGUAGGAAUAAGGAUCAUUCGACAGAAGGAGAAGGAACUGGGAAGCGACCAAAAAGAAAGUGUCUUCAGUGGCACCCCCUGCUUGCCAAGAAACUCCUUGACUUCUCUGAAGAGGAGGAGGAGGAAGAAGAGGAGGAAGAUAUUGAUAAGGUGCCACUCCUUGGUACUGACUGUUUAGAGCAGGAUGCUGAUGAAACUGAAGAUGACGAGUCCUCAGAGCAACGGGCUCGCCGACCAAUGAAUGCAUUUCUCUUAUUCUGCAAACGCCAUCGCUCUCUCGUGCGAAAAGAACACCCUCGCCUCGAUAAUCGUGGUGCAACCAAGAUCUUGGCAGAUUGGUGGGCUGUUCUAGAUCCAAAAGAAAAGCAGAAAUAUACUGACAUGGCCAAGGAGUAUAAAGAUGCAUUUAUGAAGGCAAACCCAGGCUACAAGUGGUGCCCAGCAACAAACAAACCUGUGAAAGCUCAGGCAUCCACUAUUACAAACAGGAAAAAGCUAUGGGCCUUUGCAUCAGACACUGCGAAAGAUUUGCCAAGUCCAAGGAAAAUGAUGAAAACUGAAGACAUGCCACAGCUUAACUUUGGAAUGGCAGAUCCUACACAAAUGGGAGGCUUAAGUAUGCUGCUUCUAGCAGGGGAACAUGCCCUGACUGCACAAGAGGUUUCCUCAAAUGCUUGCCAAUCUGAUGCAACUAAUUCUACGGAAGCCUGUCAGAAGUCAUCAUUAUUUCAGUUUGCAGAGAUCUCUUCAAGCACCUCACAGCCUGGAGUCCUGGGAGCUGUAAAACAAACUGAAGAGUCUGCUUUGUUUCAGUUUGCUGAGAUCUCAUCAAAUACUUCCCAGUUGUCAAGUCCUGAGCCAGUAAAGCACUGUGGGAAGUCAGCACUUUUCCAGUUGGCAGAGAUUUCUUCAAGUACAUCUCAUUCAGGUCCUUCUGAUUUAACAAAACAGUGUGGAACAUCAGCAUUAUUUCAGCUGGCAGAGAUGUGCCUUGCUUCAGAAGGAGUAAAAAUGAAAGAACCUGGGAAAACAAAAGUGGAAGCACCACAAGGUGUGGGAAAGGAAGUUCCAGAGGAAAUGGAAAUAGAAGAACUGGAGAAAGCAACAAUGAAAGACUCCUGUAAAGGAAAAGUAGAACAAACAGAGCUAGAGAAGAUGCAAAACUGGGAUAAGUCAAAAGCUGAGGAAUCAGAGACUGCAAAAUGCAGAGAAUUUACUAGUCUUGCAAUGGAGAGAAAUCCUUUUGAGAGAAAUGAUAACAUAAUGGACAUGUACUAUUCUCCAGAGUUUUCAGUGGCUGACAUGAAUAUCCUCGGGCUAAAGCCAGAAAAGAUAAAGAAGAAAAAGAAAAAAAAUAAGUUAGACCGGCACACAAAUGAAAAAUCCACCCCCAAGAAGCCUUGUAAAAAGAGGCAGUCCUCCGAGUCGGACAUUGAAAGUGUAAUGUAUACAAUUGAAGCCGUUGCAAAGGGGGACUGGGGUGCUGAGAGACUUGGAGAAACUCUCCGCAAAAAACCCCGCCCUAUCUCAAAUGUGAAGGAAAGUGUGUUGGAUACAAAAUCACCAAAGAAAAAAGUGAAAUCGAAAGAGAAGAAGACAUCAAAGGAGAAGCCUCCAGAGACCACCAAAGAAUCAAAGCCUCUUGAUUUCCUUAGUAUUACACCGAGCAAGGAAGUACCCUGUGAGGCUUCUGAUAACAUUAAAGUGGAACCACUGACCCCAACAGAGGAUGUGGUACCCCAAACCUUACCAGAACAGGUCAAAACUGAGGACAGUGACUGUGUUAAAAAGAUAGAAACCUGUGGCUCCAGGAAAUCUGAGAGAUCUUGCAAAGGUGCUCUUUAUAAAACUCUGGUGUCAGAGGGCAUGCUCACGUCUCUGCGUGCUAACGUGGACAGAGGAAAAAGAAGCUCAGGAAAAGGCAACUCCUCAGAUCAUGAAGGAUGCUGGAAUGAAGAAAACUGGGCUUUUUCCCAAAGUGGGACAAGUGGGAACAAAAAACUGAAGAAGACUAAGCCAAAGGAAGAGUUUGUUUUUGGCUUAGCAAAGUUGGAAGAAGAAUUUGAAAAGAAAUUCAACAGCCUCCCUCAAUACAGUCCUAUUACCUUUGACAGGAAAAAUUCAUCUGUUCCAAGGAAAAAGAGAAAGAUUGGAAGCAGUUCAUCUGAACAACCAAAAUCCAAUAAAGGUUCAUUCCAGUCUCAGAAAAAGAACUUUUUCUACAAAAUUGUCAGCAAAUGUAAGCACAGAAAGAAGCUUAAUGUUCCGGACACAGCCAUACUCUCAGAAGACAGAAAUUCCAUUGAGUCUGCCUGGAAGAAUAAAAUUUCUCUGUCUGCCCUAAACACUCCAGAGCCAGCAAUGAUGCAUGAGCCUUUAGUUGGCAGCCAGAAGAGGAAAGCAAGGAAGACUAAGAUCACACAUCUUGUCCGAACAGCAGAUGGUCGGGUGUCACCAGCAGGAGGGACACUGGAAGACAAGCCAAAAGAGCUGCCACAAAGUACUCCUCAAAAAACGUCAAGUUCAGAAACUGAUUGCAACAGUGAAUGCUCCAGAAACGCAGAGACAGAAGAAAAUCAUAGUAUUACAUCAGAUAUGCCAGCAGUGUCUGCAUUUUUUAGCUUAGCUGCUCUGGCAGAAGUAGCAGCCAUGGAAAACGUACACAGAAGUCAGAGGGCCACACCUCUCCCACAUGACGGACAGCCAAAUGAAAUGUCUCAGGCUCCAGUGCUUAUUUCCUGCGCUGACCAGUGAAGCUCCACUUUAUUGUAAAACAUUGUGCUUUACCUAAUAUCCUAGCCUUGUCUUUACCAAGGGAAGCUAGUCAGUCCAUAUGAUGGAAACUAUAGACUGCAAGCAAGUGCUUAUUGUUCUGAGUGGCCCAGAAUUCACUGGAAGCCAGACAUUAGCAACUUGGGCCAGGUCCUCAAAUCGGAACCCAGUAUGUAGGAGGGUGAUAUUAAUUGUCUAUUAAUGAACAGAAAUGGAAUGAUCCCAGAGCUUGCUUUCUAUUGAAGGCUUUCAAACAGUAAAUAGGUGGUUGGUGUGAAAAAGGCUGCCUUUUACUGUUAGCUCACACAGCAUCUCUUUUACCAACCAGAGAGUAUGGCAACUAGUUUCAUAUAAUACCUAGUUAUUCUAAAUGAAAAUGACAAAAAAAAAACCAACAACAAAAACACUGACGCACUGCACUAGUUAUUAUUAGAUAUUCUUAGUCAUUUUUGUACAUGAAGAUUUAAGUUCUAAGAUGGUUUAUAUUAAUAGGUUAUGCCUACGUUUAUAUUGUAGAAUGAAUUUAAAACCUGUUCCAGAGAACUCAAGGCAGCCUGGACAGAUGUACCAUUGUUAGCGAUGUUUGGGCAGCCAUGUGGUCCAGAUGUUCUGCACUUUUAUAUUUGCCACCGGAGUGGUAGAGUUUACUGGGAAAAAUUCUGACAGGCUAUGCUUGGAUUUGUUUCUUUUUAAUUUAGCUUUGAAUAACCAGGAUGAUGUGCAUUAGAAUAAGGAGUGGUGUAUGGAAAAGAAAAUACUGCAGAUAAUUGACUUGUCUUUCAUGCCUUGGAGGAUUCCUUUAUUUUUGCAUAGAUGUCUGAGCAACUUGGUGAAACUUUCCUGUAAACAAAAAGUACUGCAAAUGUGUUUUUUCAAAAGUGACCUUAGUAGUAUUUCACCAUCUGAAAAACCUGAAACCAUGACUUUUCGAUAUACAUGUACACCGAUACACAUACCUUUUACAUUUUACAGACACUGAAAUUGUUGUAGUUACUAUGCACAGUCCAAAUCAGCUUCAGCGUUUGCAUAAAGGGCCAAUUACAGUUUGUGUUGGUAAAGUGGCAAGUUGUAUGCAGAUAAACUACAACUGAAGAGUAAUGUUUGACUGAAUUCAGACUACCAAACAGAUCCAUCUGCCAGUUUCUGUCUUUGCUUAUGUUGCAUUUUUGUGUUUUGCUCUCAUAGAUACAUCCCAAAAGCAGGCCAAUUGUAUCACUUGGCCUGUAAUCUUCGCUAUCUUGACUUACACUAUUGUAUAACCAAGCAUUGAAUUCCUACCAACAGAUGCAAAACUAUCACUAUUAAUUGAUCUAAAGCUACAAAUUCAACAGGGUACUUCUUCUAUAGCACAAGAUGUUUCCCUACUUUUUGCAUUGUAGCACAACAAUUUACCAAAUUGGACUCCAGCAAUAAUUUUCUAUUAGUCUUCGUCAUACCGGCUGAACUUUUGAUAGUAUUAGAUUGAGUUUGAAGUUCUUUGAAUUAAGUCUUUAAAUGACGUGAGUUUACAUCAUUCUAUCAGGCAUUCUUAUUUAUACUUGACUGAAUUGAUAUGUGUUUGGGGUUAUUUUGUAACUAAUUUGAUGUAAUAGCCAUAUGGACAGUAACUAUUAAUGCUUGCUAGAUUUAGCCUUUCAUUGUUGUAGCUAAGUGAAAGUCUUUGGUUCAGUGUCAGGAAACAAUAUACAACAUACCACACAAGUUGUAACAAAGGAUUAAAGGUGUGACAAAAGGCAGGUAGCUGGGGAAGUGUCACUGAAACAGCACCAUUGAGGAUGCGUGUGCUGGGCGAAGGGAACAACAACAAUAGAACAAUAAACUUUACGAGCCAAUGAGUCAAUGAAAAGGCUUUUUAAAAAUUCAGGUGAAUAUAUGAUUAAAAGCCCCUAAAAUGCCAUUGCAGUCUAUGGCUGUAUUUUUAACAAGAUUUUAUUAAAAUUUUAUAAGUUAUUUUAACAAGACAGGAAAAACUGAAAAGACUUAAAACUGUUGGGUCGCAGCAAGGUGGCUGUUGGAGUUUUGGACCACUUUAUAAUUAGCUGAAAUCCAAAUAUGUUACAGUGCAGGCCGUUCACGUUGACAAUGGUACUAACUUAUUUCUCUAGAAACCUUUAGAGUAGAUAUAUUUUUGUCAAAGCACCCCAUCCUUCCUCGCUUUAAAUUUCAAUAUUGUUCCUGAAGAUAUUUCUGUAUAUUAAUGGUACCUUUUUUAAAAGAAACAGAAAAUUACUUUUUUCUAUAUGAAUUAAUAUCUUACUUGAUCUGCUUUUCCUUGACUUUCCCUUAGAGAAGGGGUAGGGUUGGGUCAGUUUACUGGAUAUGACUGUUUUCAGAUACUUAUAAACCUUUUUGUAGAUAUGCUUAAUUUUUAAGCGAUUAGGCACUGAGAGUAGCAGAAAUCCUGCAAAGCUUUAUAGUUCACUAGGCAUUUGCCUUUGUUGGUUCUCUGAGUGAUGUCUUGAUUUCAGUAGCUAGAAUUUUCCCUGAAUCUACUAGAAGGGAUAUCAGUAUUUUCAGGUAACAAAGUCUGUUAGCACAACAAAAAUUUCAGACCAAUAUCUUAAUGUAUUGGGGUUGGGUUUUUUCCUUGUUUGUUUUGUUUUAAUUUUUAUUAAUUUCAGCUGCAUUCGUUUUGGAAAAUCUUAUUGCUAUUGUGUGUACUUCAGUAUACCAGCAAACACUGUUACCCAUUAACACAUUGUCCACAAAUGCCUCUAGAGAAGAAAUUGUUGCACCUUAUGUAUAUCUCAAGCAAACCAAAAUAUGCUUUUCUGCUUUGUUUAUUCUGAAUAUGUUGUAUCAUACUUUACUGAACCCAUUUUAACUUAGCUAAAGCUAUCGAUAUUUAUGCAUUUCACAUUAUUUUCUGGAUCUCAACCUGUGUAUAAAUCUUUCGUUUAAAAAAAAAAAAGAAAAGCAUUUACCGUAGUCAUCCUCUGUGACUUAUCCAUGGGAGGGGGGAAUCUUGUCUCAAGUGUAAAAUGCAGUACUGUCCCAGUUUUCCUUGGCUUUUAUUUAUUUAGGGAUCUCUGAUAUUUCGUAUGUAGUUUUGAGGUAUACAAAACACAUUGUCGUAGCUGAAGCUACAGAUCUAAGCAGCUGGGAGAAAAUUACUGUAAUGUCUUCUUAAUUGUUUUGUACUGUAUACAAAUAUGGGAAAAAUGUUCUGCAGAACAUUUGAGAUGCAGAUUCUUAACCCCACAGUAGGUUAUUUUCCAGAUAUUAGACCAAAUGAGUCAAAACUCAAUGAUCUUAGAGGUCUAUGAUUCUAAAAACAUCUGUGGAGAUUACUUAAUGCUCUGCUAAUGGCAGUAACUACCCCUUGAAUGUGCUGUGAUUUCAGAAAUAGAAUAUAUUUAUUUAAGAUGACUGAAUGCUCUUUUAUACUAAUACAAUAUCCCAAAGUCAUGAGCAAGAGACUUCUUGGUAGUUUGGGUUUCUAUUUUUAGCAUUGGUGCAUGACUUUUGAUUAAAGUGAUGAGCGUUGGAAAGGGGCACAGGAACAAGGGACUGGUAGAAGCGUGUGAACUUGUGGUGUUUCAAUUCCAGCAUUGGUCUUUAUUAUUUGAGUGAAAACUGCCUUUGUAGCACAAGGCUGAAGAGUGCUCUGCAGUUUGUAUCAAGUAGAAACCCAAGAGAGUUGUAACUGACAACUGAAUGAGGGAAUGCCUUAUGGUGUAGAUGCCGUCUUUUGGAACAGGAUAUUAAAUUGAAGCAGUUUUAAUUUCCACUGCCUGUACAGAUACUAAAGGCAACAGCUGUAGACGUGGAACAGCUGAUAGAGGACAAAAAGAAAACUGUCCUUUGUUCUCAGUGUGGCGGAGUUAUGGCAACAAAGGGGAAUUAGGGAAACAGAUAGGUGUGUGUAUAUAUAUACGCGUGUGUGUGUAUGAGUGUGUGUGUGUGCGCGCGUGGAUGUGCACAUUCUGCAAAAAAAAAAAAAAGUAAGAUAAAGAAAAACAUGAUGGGUCUGCAAGAGACUAUAAUGUAUGUUGACCCCUUGAGUGCACUCCCUUUUUUUUGAAUGCUGAGUCUAAUAUGGCUACCUCUCCUAAAAGACUACUUUUGUUAACUUCCAUUUGCUUUCAGGCUUGAUCAUGUUAUCUUUUCAGCCAUUGAUACCAUUUGUAUAUCACUGUGUACUUUACUUUCCAAGAGCAAUGUUUAUAUAGUGCAGACAACGUAAAGGUUGAAUAUACAGUGGUAGCCAAACUAUGUUGCUGGAGCAUUUUUGUUUAACCUCUGCCAUAGUCAUGUGGGUUACAGGACGUGGGCCCGCUAGCUCUAGUUGGUUCAGUGAGAUUGUUUGUUGUUACAGCGGAAAAUGCAGUGCUUAUAGGGUGAGAGACUUCAGAUAUUGCCAGAGGUGAUGCAGUAAGCCAAAUGCUGCUCUUGAAACUUAUUGUGGAGUUUACGUUUGCAAUCCUGAUUUCGCAAGAAAGCGUAACUGUGCAACUUGUGUGUUGUAUACCAUACAUUAUCCAUUAGAUGCCGUUUGUUUGCCGUGCUUGUUUGAUAGAUUGUAGACCUCCUAGGUGUCUUUGCCAUGUUUUGUAAUACUUGUGGCAUUUUCCUACCUUGUACAUAUUGUGGAACUGUCACCUACAGUUGCCAGGAUGCUGAGGCAUUUCAGAGCACAGAGUGCCGUGAAUGAGUGCAUUUAGUCUGUGGAAGCUACUUGCCCUCCUCCCCUGAGUUCCCCAAUAAAAAGGCACAGCGAGGUUUAUACUCUCACCUAAGUACUAUUAUAGUCAUUUAUAUUCUCAGUAUUUUGUACUGAAGCGACAACUUUGACGAAGCUUUUGAGAUGGAUGUAUAUUUUUUGUUCCCCUACUAAUUCUUCUAAAGGCAGAAAUCUAGGAAGACUUGACAUGAAAUCUCCACUCGGCAACACACCUAAGCUUACGCUGAAACCAUCUUUACUUAUGGGGCAGCAUUGCUGUUUGCACUGUGACAGUGCAGGAGCCCCAGUCACGGACCGCUAUGCUCUUGAAGUUAAACUUGAGCUUUUGUGAUGUUCCUGGGGGAGGCAAGUCAUUGUGAACUAGGGACUUCGUUGAGAUGGCAUUUUAAAAAUGACUGCAAAUAGAUUGAGAUAAUUAUUGAGUUCUUCCAAAGAAUUACACUGUAGUUUCUGGGUCUUAACUGUUACCACGUAUCAGCAGACCCACACUGUACUCUACUGGAAAAAAACACACCUGUACAGGAUAACUAACCAUGCUUCCAAAUACAAUGGUCUAACCCACUCUUUUCAGCCCUGUGACUGAAACCUUAUUUUCUGCCAUACACUGCUACACUUUAGUCAGCAGUUGGGGUUUUGAAGGUGGCAAGAGCAAGAGGGGUACACAUUUGCACAUGUCUGUGUGUAUAUGUAUGUAUGCAUGCACACAUGCGCCCCUGUCAGAGUGCAGUGAAUUGCAACAUGUUCUCUGUACAGAAGUGUUCCCGUGUGAGGUCAUAAAACAACAUGAGGUUUCUCACAUGAUAGUUUUCCAACUUUCUUGCUAGAUUUCAAUCGCUUUCCUUCACAUUACACCAUAAGGUGUGAUUUUCAAAAAUCACACCUGAAAAAAACCCACAGAUACUGCUGACCUGGAUGCUAUGAAAACCAUCUUUCUCAGCAGUGCUUGCUUUUAAUAACCAGUAUCUGUUGACAGUUUUAACACAACUGACUUGCUAUGAACUUUCUUCCUAGAGCCCAGUCCUUCAACUUUCAUUCUCAGACAUAAUUCCACUGGAUUUUGACCCAGUAUUUGGCUUUAUUCUCUCCAAGUCUUGGUGUAAACAUGCCUUACAAUAGUUCAUCUCCAUCAAUGGUAUAACAGCUACUGCCUUCUUAGAUGUGUGUAGUUAAAAGUCAAUAGCACAUUUAUAGAAUGUCAUACUUUCUUGAAAAACCUCUAAUCUGAUAUUUUUAAAUGCACAUGUUAAGUCAUGUGUAUAACAUGCUAAAGUACAUUAAACUGUGAUAAUGAAACUGAAUAAAAUAUUUAAUAAAAUAUUUGAAAUAUUUGAAAAGGACCUUCAAAUAGAUUUCUUUAUGUUCAUUCUAUUUUGGUUAUCUAGUGUGUGCCUGUAAACAGUUUCCCAUUUAAACCUAAUGAUUGCAAAUAAAUGCUAUUCAAACAGAACUUCUUUGAUACUUCACCUGCUUUACUCUCAAAUGAUUGUUUAACGUAUGGCUGAGAUAGCAGUAUUUGCAGAAUUUGUUUUUAGCUAUAGUAUGAGUUUGUUGGCUUUUUUAUACUUAAAAAGAAACAAGCUUAUUUUCCAACUGAAAACAGAAGGUGCCACAAGCCAGACAUGAAUCCUCAGAACUGUGAGCUGCAGUUUCUUGUCAGAUCAUCCGUUCAACUUCUACACAGUGACUAGAAGGGUGUCACGUAUUUUGCAAAGAACUUCUCCCAUUUGUUCUUGCUUACACGUGUCUAUAAUGGGACCUUCCAUUUUACUUCUAAAAACUGAGCGUGCUUCAGCACUGUUGACAUUGUUAAAAAGAUCCAUAGACCCAUCCAAAUGCCCAGAAUUCAAUAAAUUUAUGUUGGCAUAAAUUUAUAGAGAUGGUGGGACAGAGCUCCAGAACUCAGUGCAGUUGGGCUGUGGGAGAAAAAGUUUGCCUCUUUUCCUGAGCUUUCCAGGUAUCCACUUUUGUAUUUCUGGAUUUUGUCUUCCUUGCACAAGUGGGAAGCUCACUCAUAGUCCACACCAGAGCAAGAGAAGGCAUCUUGUGAAGAAGUCCUUGCUAUAUUUUUGAUCUUUGGACACUAAGAGAACUUAGUCAGAAAUGGUCUCUCUUUUAGAAAUAAGUAACAAAUGUCAUCAGUGUUUAAACUUAAAGGUCCCCACUACUUUAGAAAUUUAUUUAAACCAAGACUGUUCUGCCCAUAUAUUUUACCCUCUUGAAGCUUGAAAAUUAGACUGUUGGGGAUCUUGUCUUUUGCUGUUCUUGGAUGCCUGAAGCGUCCUUGAUUGCAAUGUAUUUUUCUGAUCACAGAAGACCUAAGUACAGACUUCAUGAAGUCAGUAGACACCAGUUGUUCAUAUGGGAGCAAAACUUCUGUCUCUGAGUCAAAAGUAGCAGAAGGGAAGCCUUUAGGGUUUGGGGUUUUUUUUUCACUAUGUGCUGUUUACUCAGGGAAGAAGAAAUGUACGCAAUCUUGCACUGCCUUUGCUGGGUAUGCAUCAGUAUGUCUGCAAAGAAACACCAGGAAUGGAAGAGACUCAGCAUUAAAGGCCAUUUAAAGGUCAUACUUGGGAAAGGGGGAGAAAAGCUGAUUCAGUGAGCAAAGAAAGCUAGAAGAAAACUUGUAAAAGUAUAGGAUGCCUAGUCAGGGGCAUUGAAGUCACUUUUGUGGGGUUUUUUAUUUACCUUAAAACAGUCACCAUUCCUCAAACUCCCAUCUUUUCUCAUCUGCUCUCAUUUUGUUCUUCCAACAAAAUACCUGCUGAAUCCAGGUAACUCUCAGUGCAUCUAAAUCUGGUUUGUUACCCAGCUCUCUCUCACGUUGCUUGCAGCUGCAUGGCAUUACAGUGUCUUUAACUGUCAGGUAAGAUAAAUUUCCACUAAUACUUUUGGAAAAACACAGGGCGGAAAGGCAUCAUCCUUCUACAAGCACCAUGCUUCUGCCAGGUGCUCCAAUGUUCUCUCCACAAUACUUUUUUUUGAUCCUUUUCAUUGUUCAUCCUGGAGUUUUUUAACGUGCGGACAACCCUGCUGUCAAAUGGACCUUUUUUUCCCUACAACAUGACAACGCUAAGUGAGAUACAAAGUAUAUUUGACCAUACAGUAACCAUGCUAUGUACCAUCUUAUGAAGCUGUCAGUUCUUCAGCAGGACACUAGCACUUGGUAACAAAAUACGACAUACGUUCCUGUAUUUGCUGCAAAGUUCUGUUUUGUUUUCAGAAAUAAAACCUGUAAGAUACAACGCCUACUAUCAAUUCAGUAUCAUCUUUUUGUGAACUGUUUUUGGCACAACAGCAGUACAAAAUCGAGCUCUAAUAUAGUUGUAUUUAAAAAGUACUCUAAAUUUCAGCUAGAGUCCAUUGGUUACUUUCCAAUAGGAAAAGAUAAGGUUAGCUUCCCAGCAGAAGUAAACUAGCACUAGAUGUAGCUGCCUCAAUGUGGCUGAAAGUCCAUUGAAAAUCUAGCCUAUAUAAAGAAAUCCAAGAAGUUAAUUCCAUACAGAAGAACACAUCAGCCCAUGAAACAAGAUUAACCAGUUGAAGUAGACCCAGAAAUCAAACCAGUUCAGUCAGAAUGUCAGGCUUUGCAUCAAACUGUAAUUUUCUGAAUGCAAACACCUAAUACUUCAUACCACACUCAUAUCAUUUCAUUGAUAGCUUUUGUUACCUUAGCAUUUGGAUAUGGAGAAGUAACAUUGAGUGUCAGGUGCAUUAGUUAUAGUUUGCACACUAAAAGAAGGCUGAUGUUGCCAUCUUAAACAUCUAGUUUAAGAAAAACCAAAGAGGAAGAAAAAUAUUCAGCUCUAAGGAGGUGUCCUGCUCCAAAAGAAGCAUUUGAAGUACAUCUUAAAGUUAGAUGUGUGGCUGCUGAAGGCUUCCAGUCAUGGCAGACCAUUAGGUUCCAGUCAGAUCAGUCGGAGCAUGAAUUCCCUUCCUUCCAAGGUCUGAGUGGGUAACCUUAAUACCUGGUCAACACAUAGAGUUAUGAUUUCCUAUCAGGCUUUCCUAGUAUGAAAAAUCUUAAUUCCUAGAUAUUUUCAUGAGUGGCAUUCUUAAAGCGAUAUUGUUGCUGCUUAGAGUCUUGAGACUCUGCAGGCUUUUGCCAGAAGUUUCAAUGUCUUUAUCUCAGAUACCGACCUCAGAAAGUUUACUAUAAUGGAAUUUCUGUUCUAAUUGGAGCCCUCUAAAUGCUGUCUUUUGACUACAGUCUAUUAAAACGUCUUACCACCUUUCAGGAGUAGAGGAGAAUUUGGAAGUCAGAUAGUCCAAAUCUGUCAGUAAUUUAAGAUACUCUGUUGUGGUGGUGGUGUCCAGUGGUAGCGGCGUUUGUAAUGCCACUAAGUCUUGCUUGCAGUGCUAGCUCUGAGCUAUGCACAUUAUGGGAAACCUGGAAUCUUGAGUUAGUGUGUUUUCAGUCUUGUGAAUCUAGAGACUUUGAUUCAGAUGGCUUGCAGCUUGCCAUUGCUGUUAGCAUAGAUCGGGAUGAUGUCAUUUGAAGCAAAUCCAUUGCAUGUCUCUCUGACAGACAGACAGUUCCUUCUUGUAUCCGAGAUGUUGCAUCUGGUUUGGUUCUUGCUGCCUUGGUCAAAGACCUAUUCUUGCCUGCAGGUGAACUUUUCCAGGACUCCCAAUAGUGGCAUUUGUCAUGAAGUAGGUCUCUGGCAGAGAGUGGCCUUUUCUCCACAAGCCUCCCAGCCUCUCCCGUUCAGGAUAGCGAAGUAUAUCUAUGCCUCAACAACUUUGCCCAUACAGCUGGGAUCUCUUCUUUCCCACAGCUGCUCAGAUAUGUUUUUGUAAAAUAAAAUCAAACAAACCCGGCUGGGAACUUGAUGGAAAAGUCAGACCUUCAUGAAGCUCCAGAUUUCAGUAAGCAGUAGUUUGA